GUGCUUCUUUCGGUGCCGAUAACGCUCACGCAAGCAUGGUUAACGUCCCUAAAACCCGCCGGACUUUCUGUAACAAGUGUGGCAAGCACCAACCCCAUAAAGUGACACAGUACAAGAAGGGCAAGGAUUCUCUGUAUGCCCAGGGAAAGCGGCGUUAUGACAGGAAGCAGAGUGGCUAUGGUAGGCAAACUAAGCCAAUUUUCCGGAAAAAGGCUAAAACUACAAAGAAGAUUGUGCUAAGGUUUGAGUGCGUUGAGCCCAACUGCAGAUCUAAGAGAAUGCUGGCUAUUAAAAGAUGCAAGCAUUUUGAACUGGGAGGAGAUAAGAAGAGAAAGGGCCAAGUGAUCCAGUUCUAAGUGUCAUCUCUUAUUAUGAAGACAAUAAAAUCUUGAGUUUAUGUUCAAAAAA